CCAUCUUCUUCCCAUUCCCCUUCCAACACCGAACCUUUCUCUUCCAUUCAAUCCGACAACAACAACAACAACAACAGGCGACCAAUUCGAGUCCACCCAGCAUCGGAAAGCUCCAAAGCAACCUCUAGCGUAGGUUGGUUCGACUCGCUCUGCCCACCAGUGGAUUCAAGAUCUGUCCAUCGGCACAAGAGUACGAUCACGGUCUCGGCCCUACUCCCAAGGCCUGUUUGCUCCGUAGAGACGCAGGCGACCGACGUGGGGAGAAACCGAAGCCAGUCGAUCACUUCCUUUGGCUCGACCUCGCCCCAAUCGACUACCUUUGCCAACCCGUCUGGCUCCCUCAGCAUAUUCGUUCGACUGCCCUCUCUCGUCCAGCACCGACGAGAACCCAAGUCUAGUUAUCAGACAGACGUUUCUUUGCCAUUAACUCAGUUACAGAUCUCCAUUGCCAUCCAUCCAGCUGUCUACCCUUCCUCUGGUCUCCUUGCCUCCAGCCGACCAGCACAUUACGAAUAGGACCAGAGCAAGGUACUGCGAGUUGUCGCGUCCCAUAGCGUUGCGCGAGUCAAGCACGGAAGGCGUCUCUGGGGAACUGUCAUAAUCUGAAGGAGGAAAGUUGAGAUCUGCUCGGAAUACAAGAAGAGAAAAGGAAGAAAAAAAAAGAAGCAAAAGAACAACGCAAGACUGCAAGCACAGAGCUUCCGUCUUAACAAACAAUCUCUUUUACCGAGGCCAUCCUCUCCUGUCUUCUGAAACUUUACCAGCUUCCGGCGUCAUUGGGGAUCGGAAUGUACGUACUCGCAAACUCUACCUUUUCUGUCUUUCCUUCCUCUCCCUAUCUUAUUUCCUUGGUUGUUGUUAUUGCGUUCUUCAUCAUGGCCGCUUUCCCUUUCCGUAACGCGUUCGUUAUUGCGUAUCGUCGUCUUUGCCUUUCUCCAACGCUUGGCCAGAAAUCGCAUGGGUAUCGGCUAUAUCACUCUUCUUUCAGAUCCCUAUCUUGUCAGCUACUGAUUCGGGGUUCUCGCAUUACAGACAAUCUUGUACUUCUGAUCAAUAGCCAGGUUCUUAAUUCAGACUUGCUUUCCAGAGAGAUAGCACAUACUCGUUGACCUGAACACUCAGGCAUCCGCGUCUCACAACCUAGCCACUUGCCUGUCAAGGAUCAGUCACAAUGGCCGAGGAGGAGUUUGAGAUCGACGUCUAUGCCGAUGCUGGCAAUGACCAGUCUGGCGAGCAGCAGGGUGACGGUGAUCACCACGCCUACGAUGACAAUGGCGACCAUGCCGAGAAUGGUGACGGACAGCACCACGACUAUCACGAGGACCAUAAUGGAGAGGAUUCCGGCGCAAAUGAUAACCAGGACCAAACAUCACAGAAUCAAGCGCCCCAGCAGCGACAGCAAGGCGUGAAGCGUAAGGAUGCCCCUGGUUCCGAUGAGCGACCCGUCGAUCCGGGCGCUACUACUGCCCUUACGAUCUCGGAUCUCCACUGGUGGACCACGGACGACGACAUCCGCGGCUGGGUGCGCCAGGCGAACUGCGAGUCUGAGCUGAAGGAUAUUACAUUUAGUGAACACAAGGUCAACGGCAAGAGCAAGGGUCAAGCCUACGUUGAAUUCACUUCCCAGCAAGCCGCAAGCGCAACUAAGCAUGUGAUUGAUAACUUGUCCAGCGAGGUCGGCCAGCAACCUGGCCAGAAACGCCACGCCGUGAUUUACUCCAGCCCGAUUAUCAACCCCUUCCGCACGCUUCCCAAGGACACCCCUAACCGUGCUGUCAAGGAGAUCCGUGAUCGUGCUCCCAACGGGCCCAACAACUUCGACAACCGCGGUCAGAGCAACUUCAUCCCGAACAACAACUUUAGCGGUGGGUUCCGUGGUGGUCGUGGCGGUUUCAACGGACCUCGUGGCGGUAUGAAUCCGAACUUCAACCGCAACUUCCAGGGCAACAACAUGGCUUUCAACAACAACAAUGCCGGCUUCAACAACCCCAUGGCCGGCACUGGCUAUGGUGGCGGCUUUGGCGGAGGUGGGUACCAGCGCGGCGGCAUGAUGGGCAGCAACAUGCGUGGCGGCCCUAACAUGCGCGGUCGCGGCGGAAUGAACAACAACAUGAUGGGAGGCAUGCCUAUGCCCAUGCACGGCAUGAACCCCAUGGCUGGUGGUAUGAACCCAGGUAUGGGUAUGAUGAACCCAGGUAUGGGAGGCUUUCCAGGAAUGCAGCCCUUCAAUGCAGGCUUCUUCAACGCCGGUGGCCAAUCGGAAGGCUGGGGACAGAACGCGCAUCCGGCCAAGCGCCCUCGCCAGGAGUAGAGCAACCAGCAGGGCAACCGUGGCUUUAAGACGGAAAACAUGCGCUUCUAGGAAAUAUGCGCUUCUAGGAAGGAGACGACGCCGAGUUUGCGGACUUUGAAAGUCGACCGACAACUGUCAAGUAUGAACAUUACUGGGCAACACACCUCAUGGGUUUCGAUCAAGUAGUCGUCGACGAAUAACGAAUCCCGGCUAAUAGCAGGCUCAACAAGGACCUCCUUUUCACCUUGGUUCGGUUCGUAUAUGCUGUCCUUUUCUAUCUCGAUACCGUUCGAAAGAAUUGAUAUGGAAAAGGUCAAUAUUGCCCCAGAUUGGUUUCAGCAUGGCACUUUCCCAACGCACAUAUGUCUGUAGCUGUGUUUUAUGUUUGGUACAGCGAUGACUUCAGGAGGAUGUCAGCGUGGGGUCUUAUGGUUCCAUUUCUAUCACAUAGCGUUCAGCAUCCGGACCCCCGACUUGUCAUGCACUUGCUACUAUGAGUGCCUCCAAUGGCGAUACAAAGACUGGCGGAAUCGACUAAAAUGGACCAGCGUUACUGUCUUCGGCUGAAGCAUCCCGGAGAGCACGACAAAACUCCGAGUUUUGGAGGAGGACAUCUGGUCACGACCCAGAACGGCCGUUAGACUGGAGGACCGACCAUGAACCACCCAUGGACACCUUCGUCAACUAGACUACUCGGCCGUUUUCAGAUUACUAGAUGCAACUCGAGCGACCAAGGGUGGUUCUUGCUUACCCGGUCAGUUGAUCACAAACUUUCGAUAUGGUCCUCCCUUGGGUUUACUACUACUUUCCAGACUUUUUCCUCUUGAUUCUGUUGGACGCUGGUUUUCCUUCUUUCCUUGUCUUUUUUUUUUUCUCUUUUUUUUUUCUUCUUUUUUUUUUUCUCUUUUCUUUUCUUUCGGUAUGGAAGGGUACGGAUCACUUUGCUUUACUCUCAGUUCGCGGGAAAUGAAGGAGGGAAAAUUCGUCCAUGGCAAUAGAGUCUCCGGAAACGGCGAAAUUAACAACCAGGCUGGCUCGCUGCGAGGGACCAUAAAUGAGUAGCAAAGGGUUGCGUUUAGUCGUCGAGCAGAGAAUCUUGAACAAUUGAGCUUCAUGGGAUGGCGUUCUUCGAAAAAGUUCUUGUGGCG